AUGAAGUCCAAAAGCAAGACUAAGGGCGACGGGAGCGACACCUCCGACGUGGACAACGAACCGGCAAAGCCCGCCGGUAUCAAGAGCUACCUCCGUGUGUUCUCCUACGCCGACCGCACCAGCCGGACCCUCUAUUUCGUAUCCUUCAUCGCCGCCAUUGCCGCUGGGACCACUCUGCCCCUCAUGAACAUCGUCUUUGGCCAAUUCGUCACAACAUUUACACGAUUUGCCAGCGGCAACUCUUCUCCUGCGGACUACAUGCAUGAAGUCGAUCGGCUGGCGCUGUACUUUGUCUACCUGUUCAUCGCCAAGUUCGCGCUCAGCUACAUCCACAGCUUGUUCUCUUCACUCGCGGCGAUCCGAACAACGAAGGCCCUCCGUCUUGACUUCCUGCAAAGCCUUCUACGACAGGAGAUAAGCUUCUUCGAGGCGAAUGACGCCGGCUCUCCGUCCAUCAAAGUUACACAAAAUGCCAACAUUAUCAACAACGGCAUCUCGGAGAAAUUGACUUUGACGGUAUCCAACGUCUCGCUGUUCUUUGCAGCCUUCGUUGUUGCCUUUGUCGUGCAGUGGAAACUCACCCUCAUUACCUUUGCCAUUGUACCCGUGAUCAUGGUGGCCACUGUCCUCUGCUUUGCCAUUGACGCUCCCAUCGAAGCUCGAGUGAUGGCGGCGUACUCUCGAGCUUCUCUGCUUGCGGAGGAAAUGUUCGCGACCAUCCCGACUGUACAGGCUUUCUGGCUGCAACCACUCAUGAGCGAGCGAUACGACAAGCAUCUUGCGGAGGGGGAGAAGGAAGGCAUGAAGAAGAGUCCCGUUUAUGGUAUACUCUUCUCUACGCAGUUCUUCUGCGUAUACUCUGGAUACGCUCUGGCGUUCUGGCAGGGCGUUCGUAUGUAUGCCUCUGGGGAGAUCACUCAGACGGGGAAGAUUGUCACUGUCAUCUUUGCCGUCGUCCUAGCAUCGACUUCGUUGUCGCAGAUUGCUUUCCAGGUGAUGGAUGUUUCAAAAGCCGUCACAGCCGCUAGCGAGCUGUUCGCUGUGAUCGACAGGCGAUCUGCCAUCAAUCCCCAUUCUGACGCAGGAGCCAAACCAGCCAACUGCGAGGGGAAGAUUGAAGUACGAGGAGUGUCUUUUGCAUACCCAGCAAGACCGGAUACUCAGGUCCUCAACGAUCUCACCCUUGACAUCCCCGCGAACAAGACCACAGCACUUGUCGGCGCUAGUGGGUGCGGGAAAAGUACAAUCGUUGGAUUGUUGGAGCGGUGGUAUGAUCAUACGGACGGAGGCAUAUAUCUGGAUGGGCAAGAUAUUCGGGAUUUGGACGUACAAUGGCUACGAAACCGAGUGCAAAUAGUACAACAAGAGCCUGUGCUCUUUAGUGGCACCGUGUUCGACAACGUCUGCCACGGACUCAUCGGUACGGAGCAUGAGAGCGAAUCUCCCGAGCAAAAGAUGAAGCUGGUUCGAGAGGCCUGCGUGGCUGCCUUUGCUCACGACUUCAUCGAAGAGCUACCGCAAGGCUACCUGACCGAGAUUGGCGAGCGUGCAAGGAUGCUUUCAGGUGGUCAGAAGCAAAGAAUUGCAAUUGCAAGAGCUGUCUGCUCCGACCCGAAAGUGCUCCUCCUUGAUGAAGCCACAAGCAGCCUGGACCCCAAAGCUGAGAGGAUCGUCCAGCAAGCUUUGGACAAUGUCAGCAAAAGCCGUACCACGCUUGUGAUUGCACACAAGCUCUCAACGGUCCAGAGGGCAGACAAUAUCGCUGUCAUAUCACAGGGCAGGAUAGUGGAGCAAGGGACUCACUUAGCCCUGAUGGAGAUGAAUGGUGCUUAUGCGAGACUUGUCCGUGCUCAGAACCUCGAGCAAGGCCCCACCGAAGAGAUCCCCCCCGACGAGCGACUGGCGGAUCACCAGGCUACCGACAAAGCUGAAUACGACUUGGAGAAGCUGGACCGUAAGUACACUGGCCAGGUCGACCGCGAAGACGACGGGCAGAGUGGUGAGAGGCACGAGACGAUGGGUUACAGCUUGAUCAAGUGUCUCAUUCUGCUGGUCGGCGAGCAGCGCAACCUUUGGCCCUUCUACUCUUUACUGGGCUUGGCUUCUUUGUGUGCAGGUGGCACCUGGCCUGCGUUAGCAGUCCUUUUUUCGCGCAUGUUCGGCACUUUCCAAUUGCGCGGCCAAGCUGCCGUGGACGAAGCAUCCUUUUGGGCCUUGAUGUUCUUCGUGGUCGCACUUGCAAAUCUCGCAAUUUACUUCACGAUUGGGAUAAUGACCAACAUCAUCGCGCAGAAAAUUACACAUCGUCAUCGAUUGGAGCUAUUCAACAACACCGCGAAGCAGGAUUCGACGUUCUUCGACCAAGAGGUUAACGCCACUGGAGCCAUCACAUCCAGAUUGUCGACCUACCCUACCGAUCUGACUGAAGCUCUUGGAUUCAACAGUGGCAUUAUCUUGAACAACGUGGUCACAGUCAUCGCAUGCGCCAUCCUAGGCGUUGCCUACGGCUGGAAGCUCGGCCUUGUGUGUACCUUCGCUGCCCUCCCACCCAUGCUGGCCAGCGGCUACGCACGUGUCCGGCUCGAUACUAAGCUCGCCAACGACACUGUGAAAAGGUUCGCCAGCAGUUCCGCGUUGGCUGCCGAAGCUGUUGCUGCGAUACGCACUGUAGCGUCGUUGACACUCGAGAAGACUGUGUUGCGGCAAUACGACGAAAGGCUCUCUGAUGUCGCUGGUAAAUCUGCCAAGGCACUCGUUUGGACCAUGCUUUGGUACUCUGUGACGCAGUCGAUCAAUUUUUUGGCCAUGGCCUUGGGUUUCUGGUACGGCGGGAAGCUAGUCUCCACUGGUGAAUACAGUACUGGCAAGUUCUUCGUCGUUUUCGUGGCUGUCAUCCUGGGAGGAGAAAAUGCAGCACAGUUCUUCCAGUACACUUCUAGCAUCACGAAAGCCACCAAGGCGGCAAACUACAUGUUCUGGCUGCGAAAUCGACUCCCAAAGAUUGAAGACGGCGGUGAUUUACCACCAGCACUAGAUGAGAAAGAGCGCGGUCAGCCAUUGUCCGUCACGUGUGAGGCUUUGGAGUUCGCCUAUCCCUCGAGGCCGCAAGCCAAGGUGAUCAAGGGCAUUGACGUCCAAGUGUCCGCAGGCAAAUUUGUCGCCUUCGUUGGACCAUCCGGCUGCGGCAAGUCGACCCUGAUAUCUCUGCUUGCGCGCUACUAUGAUCCCACCGCUGGGUUCAUAGCAGUCAACGGACGGCCCAUUACCGACAUCGGCGUUCGUCAACAUCGUCGCACACUGGCACUCGUGCAACAAGAACCUGUCUUGUACUCGGGCAGCAUUCACGACAACGUCGCCAUGGGAGCAGUUGAAAUUGGUGAGCCAACCUUGGCGCAAGUUGAGCAAGCUUUGAAAGACGCAAACGUUCUGAACUUUGUCCGCUCUCUUCCGGAAGGACUACAAACUUCGCUCGGACAUCAAGGCGCGCAGCUAUCUGGUGGUCAAAGGCAGAGAGUCGCCAUCGCAAGAUCACUUAUCCGGGAUCCACAGAUUCUAUUGCUCGAUGAGGCGACUUCGGCUCUGGAUACCGAGAGCGAGAAGGUCGUCCAAGCGGCGUUGAUGGAGGCUGCGAAGGACGGGAGACGGAGCACCAUCGCCGUGGCGCAUCGACUGAGCACGGUAAAAGACGCGGACUGCAUUUACGUCUUCCAAGCCGGCAGGAUCAUAGAAGCGGGCACCCAUUUGGCGCUUCUAGCAGAGCGAGGUGUGUACUACGAGAUGUGCCAGGGACAGGCGCUUGAUGCGGUGCUAGAGUGA